CAAUCAAACGCCUUGGUUUUGGUCACAUGACGCAUUUCUUCUGUGUGAUUGUGGCAAUCUGCUGCUCAUCGCCACAAGCUGAACCUUCUCUGUUCAAGUGUGAGGCGUCAGGAGUCCCAAUACGUGUCGUUUCUAAUGGAUAGCUGUGACCCUCCGAACGUUGAAACUGAAAAGUGACGUUUUCAUCUUCCCUGUGAGUCAUAGACUUGUUCAACUCCAAAAUUGCAAUAGCAACAGCCUCAUUUCAAAUACGUGGUGGACGCCAUUUUCUCUUCUUUCUUGUGCUGGACGUGGAUUUUUCCUCCCUGUACUGAACUGUCCUAGCUGAAAUCAUCGUUACUAUUGUAGUGGAACAUUACACAACCAUUGGAUUGGCGUGAAGAAGCGACACAAGUCGGAUAUCUGUUGGGAAAUCAUCAAAGGUGAAGACCCAUACUUGUGGAUACGCACACGUUGCUUCGGAGCAACUGACUAUCGCGCAAGAGCUCACCCUUGGCUCGUUCUUGAUGGGCAUAGUAAUAUAGAAUACUUGACUGCCGCACUGUGACCAUUGCUCACAAAAUUUUGUCUGCGUUUGUGUACAGUGGGUCUUAAAUAUGGAUUCCAGGAUUUGAGGCCCCUGGGUCCCCUGUCAGGACGUGAGUAGUGGCCAGAAGGAGGCAUGGAGCGGGACACAAAUCAGAUGUCACAGAAUGGAGCCCUGUGUCGCUCGGGCUGUGGCUUUUAUGGCAGCCCUGCCACGGAUGGGCUAUGCUCCCAGUGCUAUAAGGAUGCCCUCAAGCGAAAACAGACGGCCGGCCGCGGCAGCCCCACAGCUUCUGCUCUGCUGCAGAACUGGUAUGCUGAUUUUGCUACUGCGUCAUCCAGCGAGAGUGCCUCUUCCAGCAGCCGACCAGUGUCUGAUACUGCCUUGAACACAGCCAACCCAACAGUUCCCCCUGUUGUUGCCAGUACCUCCCAAGAUGAUGCUCCGAGCGAAAAAACGGGAGUCCAGCCUGAAGCACGUGAAACAACCUCAAAGUCCACAGAGAGUGUGGUUUCGGACACAGGCAGCCAACAAGAUGACCAGAAAGACCAAAAGAAAAAGAAGAAUCGGUGUCAAAUGUGCCGCAAGAAGGUUGGCCUCACUGGUUUUCUGUGCCGCUGCGGAGGCCUCUUCUGCAGCCUCCAUAGAUACUCGAAUGAGCACAGCUGCACGUUCGAUUACAAGGAACUGGGUGCUCAGGAAAUUCGAAAGAACAAUCCCCUUGUAGUGGGUGACAAGAUCCAGAAGAUUUGAGAGCUGCAACCCAUAGGACUUGAGCAGGGAGGAGUGCAGGUGGCAAAAUUGCUCUCCACGUAUAGUUGUCUGCUCCUCCUCUUGUGGGGGAAGGAGGAGUGACCUUUUCUUCGUUUUUGCUUGUUUCAUGUUCUCAUCCAUUUCAUGGUUUUAACGGGAGAAAAAUGACAGCGAAGUAGGUGCAUUAAAUACAAGGAAAAUUCUCUUUAGCAUUUUUUUCCCCUGUAAUGUGAUUUUCCUUUGCCGGGACGUGUUUUGUGUGUGUGUGUGUGUGUGUGCAUGAAAGAGCGUGUGCAGCGUAAAAAUGACAAACCUCGUGCGUGGGGACGUCUCUCUCUUCCCCAGCCUUCGUCUGAACUCUGGGCAUGUGAACUUUGAGCGGUUGCCCGAGGAUGUACGCAGUGUCUCAUUUUUCGGAGCACCUCUUUCGGUCUUUGUAGUGCGUGUUGCCAAUGAGGUACAUCCCACAGCAAAGUUUUGGAAUGGCUGACUGACACCCAUAAAUUAUGCAAGGAUGUGUGAAAAUUAUGUACCACUCGGAAAGGUACCCAGAAAGGUUGCUAUCCUGACUACGUGAGUACCGAAGAACAUUGUCAGCAGCUUUUACGUUAAAUAUUACUAGCAGGUCUUUGCACCCUGUGUGCAUCCAGAGAACCUAGCAUAGUUCUUUAUGUUGCUGAUGGUCAGUAGGGAGGCAGUGCAGCUUUUAGUUCUUGCUCCCGUGAGUGGUUGCUAUUUUUGGCUCCGGGCUGAACGUAAACUGGGCAAAAAUGACCUGCCAGGACUCUAGGCCCCGUUUGACGUUAUUCUCUGUAGUCAAAAGUUGCUUAGUUACCCAAGUGUGGUAUGGGUGUUCUUUUCUCUUUAUGGCAAGUUGCAAUUUUUUCAUGAGAGUUGCCUCGUAUUGAGUGGAGGUUUGUGGACAGUGUGACCAUGCAGCCUAAACAUUGUGUGUGUGUGUGUGUGUUUCAAAAGGACAUUCACAUGGGUAUUGGUGAAAGUGCGAUAACUGUCCAAGUCAAACCCUUUUUUAUAGUAAUAGGCAGUGGUUAUUUGAAUUAUGCUUGCAAGCCACUUUGUAUUAUAUCUUCCUGUACAAAUAAAAAGUUACGAAAUCA